UGAAGACCAACCCAGAUGCGACAAAAAUAGAUGCUACCCGAAGAGAUCCUCCUCGCCAUUAUGCGGCAUCUCGAUCCAUCCUCGCUCUGCCGCAUGGAAUCCGUCUCCCACCGCUUCUACGCCAUCUGCACCGAGUACUCGCAAUCACUCUGGCGGCAGCGAUGCACCAUCACAUGGGGGAUCCCUUCCACAACAUCAGAUCCCGCCCUACCAGGUUACUUCAUCCCACGCGAUGUGGAUUGGAAGACGAUGUUUGAGGAGCGGCAUAACCUGUACACGGGGCAGAACAGGUUCCGGAUGAUUGCGGAUAUCAAUGAUCUGGAUCAGAGGGCGAAGCGGCAGGAGUUGGUGGAUGAACGGAGGCAUUGUUAUGCGAGGAGGCCGAGGAAGUAUAUUUUGCAUUGUGGGCAGCCUACCACUGCUGGCAGUGGCUACGCAGUCAACCUCCGCCUCUGUGGCCCCUACAUGAUCUGGAUCUCCAACACCAACGUCGCCGUCUGCAAAGUCGACGGCCACACCCCGCACAUCCUCGAAGGCCACACCGCCUCCGUCAUCGCCCUCACAACCAACCAACGCAACCUCGUCGUUACCGCCGCCGAGGACGCCACCAUGCGCAUCUGGGACCUCACCACCUUGUCCUGCAUACGCGUCAUGCGCGGCGUCGACGUGCUGGACUGCGCGACGCAUGAGAAUAUCCUCGUGAGCUAUAACAACGAUAAUGUGAUUGAUGUGUGGGAUGUGGAGACGCAUACGCGGUUGAGGAAGAUUGAUGUGAGGAAGUUUGCGGGGGUCGAGCCGUCGGUGUUGACCAGGGAGGUCAAGAUUGCGGUGUGGGGGGACCAUAUUGUUUGUGGGUUCGAGAACACAGUCUUCCUCAUCAUCUCCCGCCUCGACGGCACCCUCACCCACACCCUCUCCGAACCCCGCCACUACCACCGCGAAGAAUUCGACUCGACAUCUUACCCGACCGUGCUCGCCAUGUACGACAAUAUCCUCGUCACCCGGGGGAUUCGCUGUCACGAGAUGUGCGUAUGGGACCUAAAAGCCGGCACACUCCUCUACCGCCUAUCGGAAUCGAUCUCCUUCCAAGCCACGAUCGGGCACCCGAUCCGGCCCUCGGAAGUGAUCACGGACUUUACCCUCGACGCCCGCGGAUCGUUCCUGAUGUGCACGGUCGAGAACGAGGGCGGGGACGUGUAUCUGCUGAGCUGGGAUUUCAGGAAGGCGUGGUUUGAGGAUGACGGGUGGGCGAGUGGCGCGGGGAACGCGGGGUUGGCGACGUGGGGGAACGGGUACACCGGCGCGUGGGGCAUGGGCAAUCUGGGGCCUGGCGGGGCAGGCGGCGGCGAGAGCGAGAUCGUGGCGGGGUUGUGGAGGAAACGGAUGGGUGUGAAGGAGCGGAGGUAUGAGAAGAGGAGCUUGGAGGGCGUUGCGGGGGAGGUGCGGUUUGAGUACACGAAUUUUUGGCUCUGCUACGAAACGUGAACGAGGCCAACACCCCACCCGCCCUCACGGCUCACAACAGCACCACCCGGAUUCGUUCCACCCCGCCCCACUCGGGCCGUCGCCGCCCGCGCAUACAUCACACCGACGCAAAUUGCGGUAUCAAACAGUAGUACCGUCAAGGCAUCCCAGCUGUAAAACACAUACCCCGUCAAACCCGACAGCACCUCUCGGAUACAACGAGGAGGGAAUAAGGACAUCUGUGAAGACGGACGGGACGGACGAGGCGUGGGGGCCCGAAUGUACAUACAUACACACGGCGGAUCCGAUGCACAUACAUACCCUUUGUUGAUUGAGUUUUGGGGGGGGGGGGGGGG